AUGGCCAGUCGUCCAUUGAAAUUUGAUUGUUCAGAAUUAAUCAAAGACUUUUUAUAUCUGGGUAGUGCACCAACAUCCAAAAAUAUCAAUGGUUUAAAGACGUUGAACAUUACACACAUUGUUAAUUUAGCCGGCAAAUGCCAUUUUCCAUCCGAUUUUAUUUAUGGAGAGUUUCAUAUUCCAGACAGAUCAGAGUCAACAGAGAAAUUCGAUGAACAUUUAGAACCCCUUUUGAAAUUUAUUGACGAAGCACGUACAACACCAGGACAUAAUAGUCGUGUUUUAGUUCACUGUCAAGGUGGCAUUAGUCGAACGCCUACAAUUGCAAUCAUAUAUCUCAUGCACUCACUUCAUAUGACACUGAACGAUGCCUUUCAACUGGUCCAAGAGAAACGACCCAAUAUGAGACCUAACACCGAUCACCUAAAGAAAUUAUUGAAAGUUGAGCAGAGUAUGUUUGGUAAAAAUAGUAUCAGUGAAGAGGCACUUCAAACAUUCCUAGUCAAUAAGACAAGGAAAACGUAA